AUGCAGCUUUAUUCUACCGAACUCGCACUUCUGCUAAAAGAGCGUCAGCGAAGGCGACAGCAUCAAGGUGGACAGAGACUAGAAAGCCAGGUGCAAAACACUGAUCAGGCAACCAGCCAACCUCUAGAUUUCCCAGCAACUGCUGCCUUGUUUCAGGUGCAUACAAAUUCCACAGCCUCCGAUACCGCGGCCGAAGCGAGUCACUUUGAGACAGGUGUUCUCAGACAGUCGCUUCACAUCAAGCCUCAGCCAUUCUCUCUCAGACAACCUUACCAUGACCAUAAUCUUACCAAACAGCAACAGCAACAAGACCUACAGCACAAUCUUCAUGAUCCCAAUACCAGUCAUCAACAUAGCCAUGCUGUUACCGAUCCGAUAGGUCUUCAGAAACGACAGCAAAGGCAAUUGCUUAACUUUAAUAUCCAUAGAUCUUGUGGCCAAACUCGAAUUAACCGACAGUUCACUGGGCUGAAAGUCGCUUCCGCAGUUCAACUCCCUACCCGCUUUGGUUUACAAACCAGGCCAGUUUGGCAUAGUGAUGAGGGGAGCCGAUCUGUUGGAAGUACAAAUUCUGCUGGAGCUGGCGAUGGUGCUCUUGCCGACGUUAACUUCGUUGCCUGUGAACAGGGUGAGAACAUGCUUUUGUCAAGCGAAGGUUGGCCAGACGACCGAAGACGAGGCAUCGGCAAAACAACUUUCAGUACUAUUGGUAGAGAUGAAAUAAAUGUCAUCAAGACUAAAAUCAGCUCUAUCAAUAAUAAAAACCAUGGCGAUAGGAAUGAUAGCAACUUUCGAUAUCAAGGGUCACGCUCGUUGGCGAGUAGCACCAACAAGAAAAGCAAAGGAAUUGUGAACAAUAGGGGUAGAUUUAAUAGUCUGAUCGGAACCUGUGGAGUCAUGGGUAUUGGUCGGACAAAAGAAGGAAUAGGAGAAGGAAUCGAUGUGGAGUCUCGGGCUAACCCAUCUAUGGUCGGAGAGGUUACAAGAGGAAUUGACACUUCUGUACAAACUGACAAAGCUCCAGCUCUCCAGCCUAUGUCUCCA